AUGGCGAGCCCGAGCGAAACGAGCACAACAGCCACCCCGGCUCCCGCUGCAGACGCGCCAGCUCCACAUGCGCCACCUGCAGACGCGCCAGCUCCACAUGCACUACCUGCAGACACGCUAGCUACACAUACGCCAGCUACAGACGCGCCAGAUCCACAUGCGCCACCUGCAGAUGCGUCAGUUGCAGACGCGCCAGCUACAGUUGCCACGGUCACAGAUGCUUUGAAAUUGGCGGUGGGUGACGCUCAUGCUGUGGACAAGUCGGACGCAAUGGAGGCUGUGAGACCGGACACAACGCGCGACGAGGGGCUGGAGGAGGCGUCGGCGCCGGCAAGCGACCAAGAUCCACAAUCUAGUGCACGGGCUGCUAUUCCUUUUGAACCCGUUGAGCAAGCGCCUGCAGAUGAGACAAAGACGCCGCUCGAAGCAGGCCCUGAGCAUGACAGGAUACAAGAAGUGUUGGCCAGCAUCAAUCAGGAUACCCGUCCUUCCACGUCUGCCGCCGAGCGUAAAAAGCCAGCGCCUGCCUACGACCGCCAGGAGCUCGAGCAAUAUCUUGAAGACAAGGGCGUGCGCCGUGUGUUUGAGGCAGUGAUUGAGCGCCUGUACCUCGAGCAGCCAGACAAUGUAUUGGACACCAUGGCCGCCGUCUUUCGCGAUGAGCAGCAGGCUGCGCAGGCACGCCCAUCUUGA